AUGUCUCACAGCUCCAGGGUUUCCAUACCUGAAGAGGGUUCGGAUAGCGGGGAAGAUACUGGUACUGGGUUGUGGGCUAGACCACCCCUCACAGUGCAGACGGGCUUCCCGCCACCACCACCUCCGCCACCUCCCAUUCCGCCACCACCACCUCCCCAGAUGACCUCUGAGAAUAGCGGCAGAGGGCGACGAGUGAGCGUUUUUGUAAACAACGAUCAAGAUACAUGGGCUGUCCGUCCGCCACCCGAAGACGUUUACGAGCGUCUGGAGGAGUUCUUCCCUGGUCACGACCUAGACAAGCCUGUCAUCGAUGCGAGCACCGGCGGGACCUCCCCUACCACCACGGAGCAUCCCAUUCCUCUUCCUCCCGAGCCUACUGAGAAACGGUGGAAGCACAAGAAAUCCAUUCGUGUCGUGGCUGCCGAACACAAGAAGAAGAUCGACCGGACGUCACGCAUGGAUCCAUCCUCUCUCGCCAGCGAUGUCCGGAGACACAGGAGUACCAAGCUGUGGGACAAGCAGACUGAGGAGGUGACAGCGGAGAAACUCAGGUCGUCGGUCCCGGAGUCUCCGUCGCCGUCUGCUCCGCCCAAACCCAUAUUCAAAUGGGUUCGAGGUGAAAUCAUUGGCAAGGGUACUUAUGGGAAAGUGUACCUUGCUCUCAACGCCACCACUGGUGAAAUGAUUGCCGUGAAGCAAGUCGAGAUUCCUCGAACUGCCAGCGACAAGAAUGACGAUCGUCAGCUGACGCUUGUGCAAGCGUUGAAGCAGGAAAGCGAGACCCUGAAGGAUCUGGACCAUCCAAACAUCGUGCAGUAUCUUGGGUUUGAAGAAACUCCGACUCAUCUGAGCAUCUUCCUUGAGUAUGUUCCUGGUGGUUCGAUUGGUGGCUGCCUCAAGAAGCACGGGAAGUUUGACGAGAACGUCACGAAGUCAUUUACGUGGCAGAUCCUCAAUGGUCUCGAAUACCUCCAUUCCAAAGGCAUCCUACAUCGAGAUUUGAAAGCCGACAACAUCCUAGUCGAAGCUACCGGUGUCUGUAAGAUAUCAGACUUCGGCAUUUCAAAGAGGACAGACGACGUGAACGCCAACGGUCAAUUCACGGCCAUGCAAGGAACAGUGUUCUGGAUGGCCCCGGAGAUGAUCAACUCCAAGGAGAAUGGAUACAAUUCAAAGAUCGACAUCUGGAGCGUCGGCUGUAUAGUCCUGGAGAUGUGGGCAGGCGAGCGGCCUUGGAGUACGGAAGAGAUGGUAGCUGUGAUGUUCAAGUUGUAUGGCAAGGCCGCCCCGCCUGUCCCGCAGAAUGUCCAUCUGUCCGCGUUGGCUGACGAUUUCCGACGAAAAUGUUUCGCGAUUAACCCCGAUGACCGGCCCACGGCGGCUGAGCUUCGACGACAUAAAUACCUGAUACUCCCACCGGACUGGGUUUUUAAUGGUUUCAAGUAG